CAAGACCUCUUGCUUAUGUCCAGAACAUAACACUGAGGAUGAGUUCUGAGACGUCAUCGAUGUUUAUGAAAAACGCCUGUUCACGUCCCCUCUUGCAAAUAACGGGAUAAAUGCAACAGGAGACAAUCUUUUUCCGUUUUAACCCGACUGGCACUCCCCUUUUCCUUUUUCUUGGGGAGGGUUUUUUGUCCAUUGGCGUCGCGAGGAGAGGCAGCUGGAGCCGAGGAAGAGAACGACAAAAGAGCGACAGUGUGACAUUAGAAAAAAAAAAGAGUUUGGAAUCCGUGUCAAGAUAAAAGAACAUCGCCCAGGGUGAAAUAGUAUACUUUUUAAUCUCUAAAGCGUCGGGACAUUGGAUGUGAGGUUUCGAGAAGAGUAGUGGCGAAGGAAUCAUCGGAUUUUAGCCAUGAAGCCCGCAUAACGAUUCACACCAGUGGGUGUCUGUCAAUCUGUUCUAAGGUAUGUCUUUACCAAUGCCCUCUGCAGGAAAGUGCAUGGAAUGGGCUUUAAAAGAAGACAGGAGAGACACUGAGGCAGUCUCAGGACCCUUCUUAUCCAGAUGAGAUAUUGCACAUGAUUUCAUUUAAUUAAUACAUAUCAUACAUCUUGUCCGGUUGCCAAGAUAGUUGCUUUUACGCAAGAGAUGUCCAUAGCUAUGAUGUUCAACUUGAUGGUUAUGACAUUAUCUGACACUAUGAGUUGUGUGUGUACAUGUCUGUGUAUGUCCUGCUCCUCACGCGCUAGCCUGCUGAGUGUGUGGGAACUGCUCUAUGGUAAUGCUCACAAUCUGCUCUUUGUCUUGUAGCGGCCUGCUGAGAGGAUUAAUAUAGCUAAUGAUCCCAUUAGCCACACAGCACCUCAGGAUGAAAGGGACAGGGUACAUACACAAUGUACACAGGGUACAUGCACAGGAUACACACAUAGGUUACCUACAGAGCCCAGGAUACAUAGGUCUACACAGGAUACAGUUGGUCGACCAUAAGCACAACUCUCACCCUAUCAUCAUUUCACCUUGACGACCUCAGAAUAAUCUUCAGGGUCCUUCAGGAUUACAUUGUUAACUGGACGCCUGGACUAAAUGGUGACCAGUCUCCCAGCGUCUCAGCCACACAGUCUUUCAGGCUCCCAGCCUCAUAGUUUGGAAGGAUUGAUCUCCCUGCUGAGUCGUUAUUUGGUCAGUGAAGCCUUCAACCCAUACACAGAAGAUGGGUACAACCCUGUCUGGCCUGUGUUUUGGUUUAACCUCUGAUCCAGGUCCUCAUGUUAUAUUAGUAGGACCCUGGUCAUGGAGGACACAGUGCUCCUGCAUGGCCUCAUGGGUGGAGUCCUCCUUCAGGAAGCUUUUUCUGGUUGUGUUUGUCUCGCUGGAUUCUCUGGCUUCGUUUUGAAAACUCUGAAAACACACAGGCUUUAUAAGGCAUGGACAAGUCUGUAUGGGGGAAAGAAUAUCCCUUUUACAUGUGCACACAUACGCACUCACACACACACACAUUUAUAGACACACGCACAGAUGGUUUUAUAUUCCUGGACCAAACUCCACAGUAGAAUUUCCUGUGUAGAGUCUGCCAUGAGACUUCCUGCAUUCAUGGUUGGGGUGUGGGUGGGGUUUAGUGUGGAAGGCUGUGUUCAUUUACUCUAGUCCGAUUGUUGUGGCUCGCUCACACAUUUGACUUGCUACUCUGAUCACAACACAUCAGCCUUACAAAGGUGGUGGGGUGGGCGCCACAGUCUUUGUCCUCAGUCUCAAGCAAUUGUCUGCUCUCACUCCAUAUCUCUUUGGUUGGGGCUCAUCCAACUGUACUCUGAUCUGAGAAGAGGGAAGUAAGCCGGGUAGUACGCGGGGGAGGGGGGGCGGAGGAGCACGGAGGAAGUGAAAGAGAUGUGUCCCGUCUAAUGACCUCCUCUUCUACUCUGGUUCUAGGAGGUUGAAAUGUGUUGAACUACCUCUGUACCCCCCCCCCCCCCUCUCCCCCUAAGUCAAAGCCAUUAUUCAACACUACAGGUGAGUACACACACAUGUUCCUGUAAGAUGUGACAUCACAAGCCCUCCUCCUCUUCUUCCCUUCCUCACUAACAACUCACUGACCUAAUAUCAUGUCGUGCUAGUGGUCCAGGACACUCAAAUGCAGGGUGAAAAGUAGUUAUUCUAGUGUAGUAGUGACUCAUGGUGCUAUGGGUUUCCCUCCUCUGUGCAGCACUCUAUGGUCUGAGAGGACACGCCUCCACAGGAAGCAGGAUGUUUACAGGGUCCACCAAGAACCCGCCUCCAAAAUCACCUCAGCCUGAGAGGCUGGACGAGGUGUAUGCUGCCUUACGGAGAGGCCUGCAAUCUUACUUGCAGGUGCACCAGUUGGAACUGGACAGUCUAGGUCAGCAGAUCAGAGAGAGCAAGCGGAAUGGACGGCUGGGCUUCCUGUAUGAGCUGGACAAGCAAGUUAAAGCCAUAGAGAGAUUCAUGCGCCACUUGGAGUUCCAUCUCAGCAAGGUGGAGGAGCUGUACGAUGCGUACUGUCUGCAGCGAAGGCUCCGUGACGGAGCCAGUAAGAUGGUGGCUGCCUUCAACUCUGCCAGCAAUAGCAAGGAGGCCCGCGAGAGUCUGAGUGAAGCUACUAGAGGCUACCGGGAGUACACUGAGCACAUGUGUUCUUUGGAGUGUGAGCUAGAAGGCCAGAUGGGAGAAUUUAAUAUCAAGAUGAAGGGUUUGGCUGGUUUUGCACGUUUGUGUGCAGGAGACCAGUAUGAGGUUCUGAUGCGUUUUGGCCGCCAACGAUGGCGGCUGCGGGGCCGAGUGGAAGUCGGCAGCCGACAGGUGUGGGACAGUGAGGAAUAUGUGUUCCUGCCCCUCGUCACGGAGAUGUUGUCAAUCAAGGUGACGGAGCUGAAGAGCUUAGCUAAUCAUGUGGUGGUGGGAAGCGUGUCCUGCGAGACCCUGGAGCUGUUCUGUCCUUUGCCGCAGACGGUCGCCGUGGAUAUCAACAACCUGGGAACGGUCAAGUUGAACUUGGAGGUCACCUGGAGCCCUUUCGAUAAAGAUGACCAGACCUCCUCCGCUAGCACUGUCUCCAAGCGGUUCCUGUCCAAUCAGAGUCCUCCAGACACACCAUCAAUGCGGGAGCAGGUGUUUUAUUCAUUGCUGAAGAGACAGGGAGAGCUGGAGAAUGGAACCGUCUGGUCCAACUCCUCAGAAUCCUCGGACGACUCGUCCAGCCCCGCCAUGGGUCAUCAAGCCCACAGGAUGAUGGCUUCCCACACUCUGCAGACCACACCAACCAUACAAAUCUCCUUCACCCCUCGCCAAUCAAGUUCCUCCAACCCUUCACUCUCCUCCAAUCAGGAGGACGAGGUGUGUGACAGCGCGGAAGGGUCUGGAGAGGUGGACUCAGGGAAGUGGGCAAUGCCAAACGGAAUUUUACAGUGUUCUCGGUCUCUCUGCAACAUCAAUGAGACUGGAAAAGACUCCACGUUGACUGAAAGGCCAUUAGCUCAAACAUCUAGCUCAUCCUUAACCAGAGAAAAGGCAGGCCAAACACAUCCUGAGGCCUCCUGUUUUGUCCUGAAGCCUGAAGCCUUGGACUUGUCUGAGUGUGGGGCCCUAAGUGAUCUGGUCCCUGCCUCAGCAAUACAGAUUGCAAUAGAUGCUGCAGCUGAAUUAGAGGCUGCAGCCAAAGUUGAAGUUGAUGUUAAAUCUGGGACCAGCAACAGUGCAGUGACAGUGGAGCUAAGGGAAGGGCUAUCUCCCAAAGAUGACCACCAAUCAAUUCAAUCACAAGAACUGGGAAAGGAAUUAAGGCAACCAGAAGACAUACUGACAGGUCGUUCUCACAGUCGCUCCUCCAGUUUCAGUCAAGAGGUUGAGACCGCCCUGGAAAGUUUUGACUUCCUCAACUGCUCUGACAUGGAUGAUGAAGAGGAGGAGGAAAGGGUCCUGGACCAGGAAGCAGAGCAGAGUGAAAACUAUUCUGAGAGGUCAUUUUCCUUCUCAUCCUUUCAUCGCCAGACGUCACCCCUCUGUGCACAGUUUAGUUGGGGCAGGUCAGACUGUGAUGGUGUGGAGGAGCUGGAGAUCUUCAUGGAGGCACCUGAAGGAUUUCGGAACUGUGACUGUUCCCCUAUAGAGGAUGACUGUAGUUCCCCAACACAGGUAGACUACACAGAGCACCUGAAGGCCUCCAUCCAGGAGGAGCCAAAGGAAGAAAACCAGAGUGAAGAGAACGGUCACGAGGAGGAGGAUGGGAAGGAGGUGAACCAUAAGGACAGAGAUGAUGAAAAGGAGGUCGAGGAGGAGCCGGAGCAAGAGCCAGGGGAGGAAUGUCAACAAAAGUCUGGAGAGGCAGUGGAGGAGGAACAGAAAGAGGAGGGGGCACAGGAAGAGGAGAAAGAGCAGAAGGAGAAAAUGCAGGAACAGGAAGAGGAAAUGCAGGAAGGAAAGGAGGAGGAGCACCUGACAAAGCUUGCAGGUGAGGAGGCAUCCUGUGACGAAGAGACACAACCGUCUACUUCCACCCAUCUUGCCACUACUGCCCUGCAACCAUAGAGAUUUCAGAGCCCAUCCACCCACCCCCAAGCGGUUCACACCACUGGUCACAUCCAGGUCAUUCCACUACCAGCUCAGACAAGCGAUAUCUAUCUUGCAGGUGGAGAUCGUGCUUAAUCUGAUACAUGGCCUUUCAUCCCCCACCUGCGGCUGACAAUCCUGAUCCAAAGUUAAAACAUGCACACACACAUGCAUUUAUGUACACAAACAUUUACACACAAACCCAACAGUGGAACCAGACUUGUCUGUCUACAGAAACUCUUCAGAAAGUGCCUGGACUGAUGAUAUAGAAAGAUUGUACAGUAUAUCAUUAAAUACAUGAAUGAAAUGACUUUUUAAGACAACCAGAGAGAAUUGUGAGCUCUCAAGAGUUUUCAUACAGUGUUUAUUUUCGGAUUGACUAACAGAUGGUCCAUCAUAAAAUAGCUAUAUACUGUUUCAUAUUACGAAAUGUUGGCCUAUGUCAUGCUUCCUGUUCUCAUAUGUUCAGUUUUGAUUAUAAAACCAUAUUGAUUAA